AUGUCCCCCACCACCACACCACCGUUGCUCGCCACCCUCAACGACGGUGCCACUACCGGAAUUUCUUCAUUACCCACCGAUAUCUUAGAAUCCCACAUACUAACUCGUCUCGAUGGCCAAACCUUAGCCUCCGCCACCUGCGUCUCCACCUCACUCUCCGCCGGCCGCCACAACCACCACCUCUGGUCCAACAUCUGCCACUCCACAUGGCCCUCCACCGCCAACGACUGCCUCACCAAAUUCAUCUCCGAUUUCUCCGACGACGGCAAAAACGGACCUCGGUCCUUCUUCUCACACACCUUCCCACUACCCACACCCGACCCCACCACCGUCCCCCCACCACCACAAAAUCAGUCACCAUCAUCAUCGCCGGUGGCGGCAUCUGAAUUGAUCUCCGCCGUCGACAUUUACUACCGGAAUAAUCCAAUACUCACAAAAAUCGAGGAAACCAAAACCACCACCGACUGGUUCCGGUGCUCGCCGUUCAGAAUCGACCUGUUGGACCCAAAAGACGUAGUUCCGAUACAGUCGCCGUUACCGGCCGGCGGAGAUACGGCGGCUCUGAUGGACGACAUGACGUUAAGCUGGAUACUCAUCGACCCGAUUAACAAACGGGCCGUGAAUCUCUCCUCCCACAAGCCGGUCUCCGUUCAACGCCACUGGUUAUCCCGCGAAGUUCAAGUCCGUUUCGUAUCCAUCCUCCGGGGCCGGAGGAGGGGCGGGGGCGGCGACGCUGGGGUGGUGGUGCAGUGUGGGAUAGUGGUGAACUGCGGGCGGUCGGAGGACGGGGAGAUGCAGGUGCGGGAAGUGACAAUGGAGGUGGAGGAUAUGGAUGGAAAACAUUUGAAUGGGAGGGAUAGUUUGGUAAUUUUCCAAAGGGCAAUGGAGGCUAAAAGGGGAAAUGGGGUAAAAAGAGAGGAGGAAGCAAGGAGGAGAUAUAGGAGGUAUGAAGAAAUGAAGAGAGAGAGAAGAGAGAGAAAAUCAAGGGUAGAAGGGACAUUAGACAUUUUAUUUUUGGCUUUUAUUUUAUCAAUUUUUAUUGGCUUACCUUUU